AUGAACCAAUCGAGAAGCCUGCCGCAUGCCAAAGUCCUCGAUUCAGACGACCCCAAACACGCUGCUUUACCUCCAGUAUUCGAAUAUGCUUUACCUGAUGCUAGACACCCUAGAGUCGACUCGCUCUCCCAUUCCACUCGUGGCAGUCAUUAUUCCCCAGCUGCACCAUCAGAUUCACUUUUUUCCUCCGAAUAUGAGCUUGCAUAUACACAAAGUCCCAAGUCUAUCGGUCAUGGCACACUGGAGUCACCUCAGGGCACCAGAACAACAAGUCUACCGGGGCAUUCUCCCGAUAUUUCGUCCGUUUCUGGUGCCAUGAUAAUGCCGCCACGCCACCGGUCCAGCGUGGGCAGCAUAGGCACCCAGAGCUAUGGUCAUGGUCAUGACAGUCUUGGAGGCUCUGAUAUAUGGAGCCCAUCUAGUUCCCGGGGUCAAGGGCGUCAACAGUCAGACGAACAACUUCCCAAACCUGUACCAGACCAGCUCGACAGCAAAAAUGACAAGGGUGAAGAUGGGGUUAAACAUGAGGAGGAGGAUCCGCCACCAUGGAGUGAACUCAAGACCAAGGCCGGCAAAGAGCGAAAAAGACUCCCAUUAGCCUGUAUAGCCUGCAGGCGGAAGAAAAUUCGAUGCUCUGGGGAAAAGCCCGCUUGUAAGCACUGCAUGAGAUCGAGGGUACCGUGUGUAUACAAAGUCACAGCUCGGAAGGCGGCACCAAGGACGGACUAUAUGGCUAUGUUGGACAAAAGACUGAAGCGGAUGGAGGAGAGAGUGAUCAAGGUCAUACCAAAGGAAGAUUUGCCAGAUUUGUCAGCCACUGGUCGAGCAGUCGUCAAACCUGCUUUACCAGUUCCAACCUCAAAACCAUCCAAAAUCAGUCCUACCAAGAAGCGCUCUGCUGAGGAGGCAUUUGCUAAGGAGCUCGACGAUUGGACACACUCCAGAUCGCAGCCUUUGCCAGAUGACCGUGGGCGAGUCAGAAACCUAAAGGAUGGGGAGAAGAAGCUGUUGACCGAGGGUGCAGAAUUCUUGCCUCCAAAGGAGCUUCAAGAGCAUCUUGCGGAAGUAUUCUUCGAUUGUGUAUAUGGACAAUCCUAUCUUCUCCUACACAAGCCGAGUUUCAUGCGCAAGCUGAAGGCCGAAACCGUUCCUCCCGUGCUUGUUCUGGCGGUGUGCGCCAUAUCAGCCAGAUUCUCUACACACCCACAGGUAAAUACCGAGCCGGCUUUCUUGCGUGGCGACAUGUGGGCUGCGCCCGCUCGUGCAAUUGUUGAAAAAAGACAUGGGGAACCGAACAUCACUCUGCUCACCGUCCUGGUCAUCCUCGGUUUACACUACUUUGGUACCUGCGAAGGAGGUCUUAGCUGGUCAUUUGGUGGCCAAGCUAUGAGAAUGGCAUUUGCGUUACAACUUCAUCGAGAAUUGGAUCAUGAUCCAUUAGGUCGAAAGAAUGACAAGGCAUCGGAACUGAGCUUUACGGACAGAGAAAUUCGAAGACGCACAAUGUGGGCGAGCUUUCUGAUGGACAGAUUCAAUGCUUCUGGAACGGAAAGGCCGCCUUUCGGAGACGAAGACUUUCUACGAAUUCAGCUACCAAUCAGGGAGUCUUAUUUUCAGCUGGAGAUACCUGGUUCCACUGAAGAUCUAGAGGGAAAUUUCCCCCAGCCUGUCAGCCUGGAUAGUGGAAAAGUUCCAGAUCCCAAAGAAAAUAUGGGCGUGGCCGCUUAUGUAAUACGUGCUGUGGUGUUGUGGGGACGAAUCGUCAAAUAUCUCAAUCUUGGAGGGAAGGAGAAGGACAAGCAUCCUAUCUGGUCGCCCGAAUCUGGGUUCGCUCGGCUUCGAGAAAAUAUCGACUGCUUCCGAAAUUCGAUGCCACCAUCAAUCGUUUACAGUACACAAAACUUACAGAAUCAUGCGGCAGAACGAGUGGCUAAUCAAUUUCUCUAUCUACACAUCAUCUCACAGCAGAACAUGUUGUUCCUCUAUCGUUUCGCCAUCCCUCUCUCGCCCAGAGCGCAACCACCAAAGGAUAUGCCUAAGCAGUUUUUAAGUGAUGCGGGUCGUUCUGUAGUAGAAGCAGCCAGCCAGAUUUCACACCUCAUCGAACAGGCUGCUGGUCACCUACUCACAGCGCCCUUUGCUGGGUAUUGUGCCUAUGUUGCGAGUACCGUCCAAGUAUGGGGCCUAUUUUCACAGAAUCCACAGCUCGAAGCAAUAUCGAAAGAGAACUUGAGGCAUAACUACAAAUACCUCAGCAAGAUGAAGAAAUAUUGGGGCAUGCUUCAUUACAUGGCUGAAAACGUUAAGGAUAUAUAUCGCCACUUCGCUGACGCCGCACGCAGAGGUCCGCCGUCAACAGCGGAUUCAAGUGAUACGGACUCGUCACUCUUUCAGUAUGGAGAUUGGUUCGACAAGUAUCCUCGCGGGAUACCAGGCAAGGAAUGGGACGAGUCAUCCAAGAAUGUCGGAAGGGAGCUUGGUUCAGAGGCGGCGAUGGGCCAAAGAUCAGAUCUUCAGAGCGUGGAAGAAUUCUUUGCCAGUCUUUCACCACCGACGAAGCCAGCCUCGACCAAAAAAGUGGCACGGCGUCACACCAAGAAAGCCAGUAAUGUCAAAAGCCAUGCAGCUCCCCAGAAUCCUCCUCAAAGGAGUCUACAUCAUCAGCAACAGCAGCAGCAGCAGCAACAGCAGCAGCAACAGCAGCAGCAACAACGCCGUCAGUCGCAAUCUCAAUCUCGUCCUCGACCACCACCACUCCAAAACCUUGCUCCAUCUCAGACUGCUCAUCCACACACUUUUAGUACCAUCAGCACAGACUACAUAUCCAGCUCCCCGCAGCAGCUCUAUCAAACUCGUACUCCACAAUCCAGCACUUUCAGUCUCGCACCACCACCGUUUCACUUCCACUCCGGCACUUCAUUCUUCCCCACCAACUCCCUUCAUCAGCUAGAUCGCCAACUCGUGUUCGGAGCAUACUCUGGGAUGGAUGGAAUCAUUGGCAGCAAUACCAGCAAUGUUGAUCUGCCAGGCACUAGCGCUGGGUACAACAUAUGGGAAGGCGUAGGCAUGAACAUGGCUGCUGGUUUGGGCAACAUCGGUGAAGGUGGUGGGGAACUGAGCAGUGCCGUGAGUGGAAGUAUCGAACUACCUGAUUCGAGCUCGGCAUGGUUCAUGCCUUUCAACAUGGAUCCGCCUCAGAUAGGGGAUGUAGAUGCUAGUCUGUUCAUGGGUGCGGGUACUGGAACUGCCGGGGGAGGAGCAGGAUCCUUCUCCGAACAAGGACGGAUGGGAGACGUGGGCAUGACAGACGGUCAGGGCCAGCCGUGA